AUGAUAAAAGAAUUUAAAGAAGAAUUUGAAACAGAAGUAUUUGGAAUAGAAGUAUUUGAGGUAGAAGAAUUUGGAAUAGAAAUGUUUGAGGCAGAAGAAUUUGGAGUAGUAUUGGGCGUUAAAACUCGAGGAUAUGCAACUUUAACUUUAUCAGUUCAGUUGCUUUUACUUGGUUUGAUAGUUUUGUUACAUGAACAUGUUCUUUUUCAAAUACUAAAUUCAGUUUCACAGUAA